AUGGAUCAUGGCAUCGACAUCUUGAACAAGCUGAAUAAAGCUGGGCCCUCAGAGAUAGUAUAUGCUUUUGGCGACGGUAAAGCCGGUCUCUACGUCGGCUCAUUCGUAAAGACGCUGCAGGUCUGUGUCAACGAAGUGCCUGAGUGGUCCCUAGGUAAGAUCAAGAUCGACCUCAAAACGAUCGGCAGGACUUUCUAA